AUGUCUCUAGAAACCGCCACUGAGACCACGUUAUUUCCAUCUCCAACGGUUCUGUCCAUUCUUCAUGGUGAUUCGGAGGUGCCAUUGUUAGAUUUUACUCUCGGGGAGCUCCUAGAUUUCCAGUGCAAGAGGUAUGGGAGUAAAGAAUGCUUGGUGGUGCCGUGGACAGGCGCCAGAUGGACGUACGACCGUCUCAGGGAGGAAAGCAUUCGGCUUGCGAAGGCCCUUGUUGCUCGGGGGCUACGUCCAGGGGAUCGAAUCGGGAUCAUGGCCGGAAACUGCGAGCAAUACGUCUCAGUUUUCUUCGCCUGUAUGAAGCUGGGAUGUAUCCUGGUCAUUUUGAACAAUACCUACACUGCAUCUGAAGCAUUGUAUGCUCUGAAAUUCACCGGUACGUUUUCCUUCGCACCUUUCGAUUGGAUCCGCUCCUUAUUCGAAGUCACAGAAUGCAGAAUAUUGUUUGCCACUCCUCAAAUCGGUCAUCACGACAACGGGCAACUUCUCCGCCAACUGAGACAGGAGCCCGGCACGGUCGAGGAGAUUAUCAUUCUACGAGGUCCACCCAGUCACUUCACGCCAUACACGACACUCCUAGAGACAGGAGCAAUCGAAUCCGACAAAAUUCUCGAAGCAGCUUCGAAGGGAUUCAGCUGCCAUGACGUUUGCAAUCUCCAGUUCACGAGUGGGACGACAGGAAACCCGAAAGCUGCAAUGCUGACACAUCACUCCUUGGUCAACAACAGCCGCUUCAUUGGCGACCGCAUGGCCUUGACGGAUCAAGACGUGCUGUGCUGUCCACCGCCACUCUUCCAUUGCUUUGGCCUGGUCCUUGGCCUGCUAGCUAUUAUAACUCAUGGUGGAAAAGUGGUCUAUCCCGCCGAGACCUUUGACGCCGUUGCGUGCCUGAGAGUCAUCUCAGAAGAACGAUGUACUGCCCUUCACGGUGUCCCAGCCAUGUUCGAUUCCAUUUUCAGCCUCCCCCGCCCUGAGGGCUUUGAUUGCUCAGCCUUGCGAACCGGUAUCAUAGCAGGAGCUCCGGUACCUCGCCACUUGAUGGAACUCAUGGUUAACGAACUCGGGAUGACCGAGUUCACCAGUAGUUAUGGCUUAACAGAAGCUUCGCCUACGUGUUUUAACGCUUUUCACAACGACCCCACAAGUUUGAAGCUCACCACCGUGGGCCAAGUCAUGCCGCACGCCCAUGCAAAGAUUGUUGACCGACAGGGAAGAAUCGUACCUGUCGGUGAGCGUGGAGAGCUCUGCAUCGCCGGGUACCAACUCCAGCGAGGCUACUGGCGAAACGCGGAAAAAACGAACGAGGUCAUGAUCCGUGACGGAGACGGCGUGCUGUGGCUGCAUACCGGCGACGAAGCUGUCUUUCACAGGGACAAGACGUGCACUAUUACGGGCCGGUUUAAGGAUAUCAUCAUCAGGGGUGGAGAAAACAUCUAUCCCUUGGAGAUCGAAAGUCGUCUGGUCCAGCACGAGGCAAUUGACCGCGCCAUCGUCGUCGGCGUCAAACACGCCAGGUACGGCGAGGUCGUAGCUGCAUUUCUCCAACGCUGCGGCUCGACUCCGGCAACAACCCAACGAGGAGGUAUUGGAGGAGGAUAUCCUAGUCCGACUGCUCAUCGUCCCAGCGACGAAAACAUCCGCGAAUGGGUGAGACUGAAGCUUGGCCGACAUAAGGGGCCGGCGCAUAUUUUCUGGCUUGGAGAAGAUGGCAUUCCGGCCACUGUGCCAUUGACAGGGAGUGGGAAAGUGAGAAAGUUCGAGCUCGCGCAGCUGGCGGGACAGUUGGUGACUAAAGGGAGACCGAAAUUGUAG